AUGUCAUUCGAAUUCAAUGAUGCCGCUCCCGCCAUCGGAGCCUACUUCGAAGAAACCAGCCCAGACCUAUGGUCUUACUCUAAUUUUCUCGAGAAGGUGGUGAAGCCCAUCGGCCAUACUUUGUACGACCGUGACCCUAUUAGAGCCAACAGGGUUUGGAAGAAAAGGUUUAUUACUGCUGUCAAGGACAUUGCAAAUAAAGAAGUUCCAGUUGCUCGACAACGCGCUGCAGCCAAAAUAUUAAAAGCUGAUAGCGAUAACGAUAAUGAUCAGGUCACCUAUUUUUGGAAGGAAACGUUCGAAAAUAACAAGCUCCAAGAAAAACGCGUUGCACUGAAACGCAAAGCAGAUGGGACUGCCUUGGAACUAGCGUCUAAUUCACUAGAUUCUGAGAGAAAAAAAGUCUUACAUCUUUACAACGUAUGUCCUCCUUCAAAAAGGAUACAUUCUACUGAGCAUCUAUCUUUCCAAGCCUACGAAUCUGACAGCAACGAGAAACAUGAAGAUUAUGACGAUGGUAAAGAUUUACAACAGACAGUGCUUGGUUAUUCGGUUGCCAUCACUCCACCUUCUCAAGUAGAAUGUAAUCGCUCAUACGAACGACAACGUAGACCAGGUCAAGUAUAUGACAAUGGGCUUAACAUUAAGCCUUUUGACCCAUUCGGAUCAGACAAGGAAGAUGAUAGUGAGGACGUAUCUGCAGAAAUUGACUGUGAAGAUGAUAGUGAAGACAGUGAGGACGAUUUAAUUGACGAGCAUAUAAUAUACACUGAAACAACCUCUUUUGAUGAAUAUGUAAAGGUUCAAAAAGGAUCUGGUUGGACCUUGGAAGACGGUCGCCAGCGAUUUGGUAACGUGAAAUAUAGUUUAGGGUUCUCUUCAAUCGUGGAUUUGUCCUCAGAAUAUCAAGAAGGAAUGUUUUCAUGGUUUGGGGACGAGUGGAGUAGUUUAAAGAAAAAGGUAUACGAUACAGUCAAUAUGAUCCCGAAUUCUUUCGAUGGAGAAAUCAAAACAAUCAUUGAUACUGUUGAAGAAAUGUGUGAUUCGUAUCGGUAUGUUGAUGCACGAGACUAUUUGUUUAAGAUACGAUCUGAGAAGAACCCCCUGAUGGUUCAACAAAUCGCAACUACCUAUUUUCACGUGAUCGACAAAUUCCUUGACAAUCCACACAUUUUCGUUGAGGAAACUGGAAAGCGAAUGGAUCUUAGUGAAAUGGAAUAUGCAAUAAAUAUGACAGCCCCGAUCCUUAAUGAUGUCUUCAAUGAUGUCUUGAAUAUCUUGAAGUUUCGUUGGGGAGAAACUUUAUCUACUGCUAGUACUGAGAGAAGGCGAAAGAUUGACCUAAGGAUAGUUCACAGAUACAAAGAUAUUGAACUAAGUCAUUCCGAGUGUGCCAAGGCACCCACACCUGUCAAGGCAAUCCGCGACCGCUCAAAAUGUCUGAGAACUGCGAAAACCAUACUGGAUAAAUUUCUUCUAGAAGAUCUAUCGGAUGAGGCGGUAAAAGAUUCAACCAUCUUGGGUAUACAGUUUGCUGGCCUUGAUGGUCAGAUAAUCGGCAUUGAUCUUCUAGACGAUGGUGUCUACUUUGGCCUUGAGGGAUCUCGUUUCAGCUUUCCAGCGCAACUGUCGAAUAUUAAGUGUCUCCGAAAUGCACUUGAAGCACUAUUCUUCUUCAAGGACAAUAUUGUUCGAAAAGUAAACCUCUUUCCGGAUCCAAAAAAACACAACCAUGCCUACAACAAGAUAUUUCACAACAGUCUGGAUCUAAAGUCAAAGCAAAGCAUUUUAAAACGAAGUUUAUUAGGAAAACUUAUUUCACCCCUAAGGGUCAACAUCAAGCUUCUAUUUGCAAUUGAUGUAAUAACAUCAAACGGGGAUUAUAGCGACCAUGUCAGCUGA